AUGCAAGUCCCCAACUCCCUCACAGCCGCCACCACCACGACGGCCAUCCUCCUCCUCCACCUCACCAGCGCCAACGCCAACCCCAUCUUCCCCCCGUACGACACCCAGUGGCGCGCCAACGAGUACAGCUCCACCGUGUGCGCGAGCCCCAUCAUGAUCGCGCACAACGCCUCCAUCAUCCAAGUCAGCAACCUCACGCGCGCCAUCGACACCGCCACCCCCCCAAAUGACCCCGUCGCCCUCUGGCAGGUGUUCAGCGAUUACAGCGAGUCCGACGACGGGCGGCCAAUGUGUGCUGGGAUCCUGAUGGGCGAGAUGCCUGGCGGGUGUUGGGAUCUGGGGAAGUUUGAGAGCAGCGGUGGGGAUGGGGGCGGGGAUGGGGAGGAGGGCUUGAGGGUUGGGUGUUUGUUUCCUUAUCAUGGGAGUGUGACGGGGUGA